AUGAUAGGACUUUUGACGGCUGUUAUUGGCGAUUUAGCGUCACAUUUUGGAUGUACAGUAGGAAUGAAGGAUGCAGUGACAGCUAUCUCGCUUGUCGCAAUGGGAACCAGUGUUCCUGACACCUUCGCGUCAAAAACAGCAGCCAUACAGGAUAACUGGGCCGACAGCUCUAUUGGUAACGUAACGGGUUCGAACGCUGUCAACGUAUUUCUGGGCAUUGGAAUUGCGUGGGCAAUCGCUGCAUGUGUUCAUGCAUGGAACGGUACUAGAUUCAUGGUACAAACUGGUUCGUUGGCAUUUUCGGUAACGAUGUUCAUAAUUGGAUCUGCUAUUUGCAUUGCGGUUCUACAAUUCCGAAGGUUUAACAAAUCGAUAGCUGGUGAACUGGGUGGUCCUGUAAGGGCGAAGUACAUCAGUUCGGUGAUAUUCGUACUUGUCUGGUUCGCAUAUCUCACACUCAGCACAUUGGAAGCGUACUGUGUAAUACCUGGAUUUUGA